CAAGUGACUCCGGACCUGUCAAGCUGCCUAUUAAAUGGAUGGCAUUGGAAAGCAUUCAUGAUGGAGUAUUUUCUGAAAAGUCUGAUGUGUGGUCUUAUGGUGUUUUAUGCUGGGAAGUGUUCAGCCUUGGAAAGACACCUUAUCCUGGCCUUGAUCCUUCAGGACUGGUAGAGCUAUUGGACAAUGGAGGAAGACUGCAACCUCCUCAGAAUGGAGCCUCCUCUCAGGAAAUUUAUGCAUUGAUGGUAUCAUGUUGGCAUGAAAGCUCCAGCAAUAGGCCGUUAUUCAGUGAAUUGGUUGAAUCAGUUAAUUUACUUGUCAAGCCAUUGGCUGGCUAUCUGGACUUUUCUGAUAUCAUUUAACUGAAUGAUCAUUUUAAUUCUUCAGAUUUUAUAAGAAAACUCAAGAAAAGUAUUAUCUAACUGUAUUUUUAUUUUAUUUUACUUUUUAUUCUUUUGGCCCCAUUGGUAAUCUGUUAUCAUUAUUAUAUUUUGUAAAGAAUGAUGUAUUAGCUGUCAUUAUGAUUGCGAAUGGCACAGUACAGGUGCUGCAAUGAAAGUAAAAUGCACUAUAAUUAUUAUUAACCACACCCAGUCAGUAAUGUGUAAAGAUUGUCUAAAGGAGAUCUGCCCUAACAGGGGAAAUGUAUGCCUGGAGACUGGCUCCUACCUUUUGAAUUACUCUGGGUGUGCUAGUUGUAAAUCCCUUAGUUUUAUUUUAAUUAAAGAAAAGAAUGUUGCCGAAGAGGAAAAUGGUGACGAAACAGUUACAUAUAAUCACACGUGUAAUGAAUGUGGACAUCUCAUUGCUUCUCAUGAGUACACGUUUACAUUAGAUGAAGAAUUUCAGGAAUAUAGCAUGAACUGUGCUCUGUGUGGCUAUGGUAGUGAUACAGUUAGCAUACUUCCUGAUGAUCCCAGAGAGAAGCAAUUGUUUUGAAUUUUAAUAAUAAACCAUAUAGAAAAUAGAAUUAUUAUUAUUAAUAACAACAAUAUUGUUUCUUUUUAAAUUAUUGAUUUACUUUUUUUGAUUGUUGCCCACCACUUGUUACAUUAAA